AUGGAGAAUGGUGGGACGCUGCAUGCUUGGCCUGUUCAGAUACAAAUAUCAUCAACACCGACCGCCUUUUCGCUCCUCUCAUACCAUCUCCUCUCUCUCCCUGCAUAUUGCUCCAUACCCGCCCACCUGCCCACCUGCACGAGAUACCCUUACGAUCGUUUUUCUUCUUCUCGUCUCCCACAGUACUUUCGUUUCCUCGCCAUGUGUGGAAUUUUCGGGUACAUCAACUACCUGGUGGAGAAGGACAGGAAGUACAUUCUCAACACACUCGUCAAUGGUCUUGCACGUCUAGAGUACCGCGGCUACGACUCGGCCGGUCUGGCCAUCGACGGCGACAAGAAGAACGAGGUCUACGCCGUCAAGGAGGUCGGCAAGGUCGCCGCGCUGAAGAAGCUCGUCGACGAGCAGAACUUCGACCUGAACAAGGUCUUCGACUCACACGCCGGCAUUGCCCACACGCGAUGGGCCACCCACGGCCCUCCCUCGCGCGUCAACUGCCAUCCCCACAGGUCUGACCCCAACUGGGAAUUCUCCGUCGUCCACAACGGCAUCAUCACAAACUACAAGGAGCUGAAGACUCUGCUCGAGAGCAAGGGCUACAAGUUCGAGACCGAGACCGACACUGAGGCCAUUGCAAAGCUCACCAAGUACAUCCACUCGGAGCACCCUGACCUCAGCUUCCCCUCCCUGGUCAAGGCUGUCAUCAAGGAGUUGCAGGGUGCCUUUGGGCUUCUCAUCAAGUCGAUCCACUACCCCCAUGAGGUCGUCGCCGCCCGCAAGGGUUCGCCCCUUGUCAUCGGUGUCCGAACACAGAAGAAGAUGAAGGUCGACUUUGUCGAUGUCGAGUACAACGACGAGCACACCGCUCUCCCCGCCGAGAGCGCCUCCCACAACGUUGCCCUGAAGAAGUCGAACAACCUUCUCGCACCCCCUGACAAGUCGCUUCUGCACCGCUCGCAGUCGCGCGCUUUCCUCUCCGACGACGGCGUGCCCAUGCCCACCGAGUUCUUCCUCUCCUCGGACCCCGCCUCGAUCGUCGAGCACACCAAGAAGGUCCUGUACCUCGAGGACGACGACAUCGCGCACAUCCACGAGGGCUCGCUGAACAUCCACCGUCUGAACAAGGAUGACGGCACCUCCAACGUGCGUGCCAUCCAGACUCUGGAGAUCCAGCUCCAGGAGAUCAUGAAGGGCCGCUUCGACCACUUCAUGCAGAAGGAGAUUUUCGAGCAGCCCGAGUCGGUUGUCAACGCCAUGCGUGGUCGUCUCGACGCCGAGAACAAGACCGUCACACUCGGUGGUCUCCGUCAGUACCUUGCGACCAUCCGCCGAUGCCGCAGGAUCAUCUUCAUUGCCUGCGGUACUUCGUACCACUCCUGCAUGGCUGUCCGUGGUAUCUUCGAGGAGCUGACCGAGAUCCCCAUUGCUGUCGAGCUGGCCUCUGACUUCCUGGACCGCAAGGCUCCCGUCUUCCGUGACGACACGUGCGUCUUCGUUUCCCAGUCUGGUGAGACGGCUGACUCGCUCAUGGCUCUCCGCUACUGCCUGGAGCGCGGUGCCCUGACCGUCGGUGUUGUCAACAACGUCGGUUCUUCGAUUUCGCUCCUCACCCACUGCGGUGUCCACAUCAACGCCGGUCCCGAGAUCGGUGUGGCGUCCACCAAGGCCUACACCUCCCAGUUCGUCUGCAUGGUCAUGUUCGCGCUGUCUCUCAGCGAGGACCGUGCGUCCAAGCAGAAGAGGCGCGAGGAGAUUAUGAUUGGUCUCACCAAGAUCUCGGAGCAGUUCAAGGAGACACUCAAGCUUGACCAGCCCAUCAAGAAGCUCUGCGAGCGCUUCAAGGACCAGAAGAGCCUGCUGCUCCUCGGCCGUGGCUCCCAGCACGCCACUGCUCUCGAGGGUGCCCUGAAGAUCAAGGAAAUCUCGUACCUCCACUGCGAGGCUGUCAUGUCGGGAGAGCUCAAGCACGGUGUUCUUGCUCUCGUGGACGAGAACCUGCCGAUUGUCAUGAUCCUCACGCGCGACGACAUCUUCGCCAAGUCGCUCAACGCGUACCAGCAAGUCAUUGCGCGUAGCGGACGACCGAUCAUCAUCUGCAACCAGGACGACCCCGAAUUCCCCACAGACAAGACGGACAAGAUCGAGGUCCCCACCAACGUCGACUGCCUGCAGGGUUUGAUCAACGUCAUUCCUCUGCAGCUCAUGUCGUACUGGAUGGCGGUUGCCGAGGGCGUCAACGUCGACAUGCCCCGCAACCUGGCCAAGUCGGUCACGGUGGAGUAA